AUUCUCGCGUGCGCGUGCGCGUGCUUAGAGAGCGCACUGAAAGUUUGGGAGUUUUGCUUCAGUAGACUGAGCGUGUUAACAGGACGCCGUUGUUUUAUGAGAAUCUCUCACAGUGGACGGGGAAUUCUUUUAUAGCUUUUUUUUAUUUAUUUAUUAUUUUGUUCUAAAUUGGAUCACAAGCGUAAUGAUACGAAGUGGACCAUAUGAGGAGACUGGACAGUGACUCUUCAUCUGUGGUUUACCAUUUGUCUGAAAACUAAAUGGAACAUACUUUGGUGACACCUAAGAACAGGAAGUGAAUUUUCAUGGCCACCAUCCCUGUCCCGCCACCCUCGAUCCCCCCUCCUCCCCCUCCUCCUCCUCCUCCUCCUCCUCCGCCGGUCUCAGCCAGCGGUCUGACCCGUGCCGACUCUGGACACAAACACCGGCUUCGCAACCUCAACUGGGAGCGGAUCCCCAAAGAGCGGGUGGAGGGCCGUAAGAGCGUGUGGAGCGGCUCUGUGGAUGAGGACUGCGAGCUCUCCAUUGACCUGAACUCUCUGGAUGAGCUCUUUGGGCAAAAAGAGGCUGUCAAGCCCGACCGGACCAGCGGCUUCCGGCGUAGUUUACGGCAGUGCGGGUCUCCACAAGAGACGAGUGUAGACAAAGUUACGCUGCUUGACUCAAAACGCAGCAUGAAUGUUGGGAUAUUUCUGCGGCAGUUGAAAAUUGCUGCUAGGGAGAUUGUGGAGGACGUGAGACGAGGGGCCGGAGACCGUUACGGAGCCGAGAAACUGGCAGAACUCUGCAAGCUACUGCCUGAUAAUGAAGAGGAGGCCAGAUUGAAAAAGUUCAGCGGUGACCGUAAUUUACUGGCAGAGCCGGAUCUCUUCAUUCUCUCACUGGUGGAGUUACCCAGCUUUCGCAUGCAUCUAGACGUCAUGAUCCUCCAGCAGGAGUUUGACCCUGCGGUGACCUCCCUCUGUGCGGCGGCCAGAUGUCUGCGGGAGGCGGCUCGAGAGCUGCUGAGCUGCCCGGAGCUUCACUACAUCCUGCGACUGGUGCUCAAGGCGGGAAACUACAUGAACGCUGGUGGUUAUGCUGGGAAUGCUGCAGGAUUCAGGAUUUCCUCUUUACUCAAACUGGCCGACACCAAAGCCAACAAACCAGGCAUGAACCUCCUCCAUUUUGUCGCCAUGGAGGCCGUGAAGAAGGAUAAAGAUUUGCUGAUGUUUCCCAGCCGCUUGAGUCACGUCAGUCCAGCUUCAAGGCUGUCAGAAGAGUCUGUGGUGGAGGAGCUCUCUCGACUACAAAGCAGAGUCGCUGAUCUCCGAGUCAGAGCUCAGGCUGAUGCUGAAAUCGAGCAGCAGACCAGAACAUUUCUAGAGGUUGCGGGAGUGAAGCUGCAGGAAGCUCGGGGUGAGCUGGAAAGCUUACAGAGGACCAGUAAGGCACUUGUGGAUUUCUUCUGUGAAGAUGACAAGUCCUUCAAACUGGAGGAGGCCUGUCAUAUCUUCCACUGCUUCUGCAAUCGCUUCCAAAGAGCCGUGCAGGAGAACACGGAGAGGGAAUUACAAGAGCAGCGGCGUUUGGCACGUGAGCGUGAGAAUGUGGAGAAGCGUCGAUCUCUGGCUCUGUGCACCGGACUGGAAGUGGAGCAGGAGUCUUCUGAGCUGGAGCACGCGCUGCAGAGGAGCUUGAGUUACACGGGGAGCCGCCGCAGCCUGCGCAGACUCUCACAAUACUUCCUCCGCUCCGGCGAGAGAAAUAUGAAAUCUAGUAACCAACAGCACUGCGAACCAGAAACCACUGGAAACCAUCACGUUCUCAAUCUCUGCAGAGAAUCAGAGCUUAGACAUUCGCGACAGAAGAAUGAUGCAGACACUGAGGCAACUAAACAAGGGAUAAAUAAGUUCAAACAAAUUCAGCGGUUAAGCACAGAUGCAGUGGCUUCCUCAAACGCUAUGAAAAGCCAUUCUAGGUUGAGUACAAGGACAGUCCCCGGCGGUAACGCCUUUGUUGCUUUGGGACAAACAAGUAUCACGUCACAUCAGCAGCUGGGGGUGAAUGUCUCGCCGCUCACAGGACUAUCCCAUAACAAAGUUUUGAAAGUUGAGAAGCUGGUUCAAGACACCUCUGAAAGGCUGACACAGAUAGAGACCGAUACCUCGGCGAGUGCUAAGAAUAAAGAUCGUAUAAAUGACAAAGUGUCUCCAUCUCAAAAGGGAGUAACACCACAGACAGAAGCCAAAACGGCCGCUAGUCUGUCAGGAGAGACAUGGCCAAGUGUAUCUUCUCCUCCUGAAGAUAGUCCUCCUCUGUCGCAGGAGCCCUGUAGCACAGGAAGAGAGCACGGUUACUCUGGGAUUGGAGAGACGCUGGAGUGCCACACCUUAGUGAAGGGCCUACGCUCCUACGAGAGCCUUUCUCCAUCUGUGACGCGGCCAACCACCAAUCACUGCUCCAAAUGGAAGAAAGAGCGGGAAGCCGAGGAGCGCGAUGGAAAGACACCUACUCGAGGACCAACCAAAAGACUGCUGGUACAACGAGGAGGGCCCUCCAACAGCAGCGGGAUCCCAAGAGUGCGCACAAAGGCAGAACCCACUCCUGCCGACGGCUUCUCAGCUAGUCAGGUAUCACGUCCUUCCCCUACACACCCCAAGUCCAUUCGCACAUCGCUAGCGACGCGCUUCGCCGGCGUUCAAAAUGAACUCAAGCGCGGCGGUAGUGCGGCCCAGAAGGUAAACGGCUCGUGUAAUACAGGGAAACAAAAAGAUAGCGCCACUGAGAAGUUGAAUCAGGAUAAGGAGCCGUUUGUAAGGGGCUCUCCACUUCGUGUGUCCAAACGGCUUGCGCCCAACUCUGAGUUCCAGACUCUCCACACCAUUCACUCUCCCACCGCUGCUACGACUGCAAAGACGAUCCGCACGGCCAUCAUAAGUGCAGCCAAAGCCAAGACAAACAAGACCCCAGGCGCCAGAAUCCCAGGGCCGAAAAUUCCCAAAGCUGCUGCCCAACCCAUGUGGAGAUGAUAUCUGGGACUCCUCGUAGCAGUUUGAUGAUGUUAUCUCUGCGUUCGCGACAUUACUAGUUGGUGGAUGUCAGAGUUUUUUGUGUGAGCGGUCAACUUGCCAGUGAAUAAAGGAGCCAUUCACUGGGUCUGCAGGGCACUGUAAUGGAUCCGAGCAGAAUGACGGCUUCUUUCAGAGCUCUUCUGUGAUUCAGGUCACUGCGAGUUUCGCCUCCCGUUUCAGGACUGUCAGGAGAGUCUCGUCCAGCACUGUCUCUAGCUCUACCUCUGAACACUCGAGUGCUCUGUGCAGGUAACGGCGCACAUCAGAAGGGUUCCUGCCAGAACCUUCUUUCAAUAUGUGUUUUGUCUGCGAUGUUAAAAUGUCGAAAAUAGAGCAGCCACAGUCAUACAGAGCACAGUAAGUGACUGGACGCUCGUGUCACGUGUGGGAUAUUGAUUUUAACUUGCCCUCAGGUCAAACUGACUGUUUACUUGAGUUACAGGUACAAAAUAAUGAUGCAGAACUUCAUUUAAAAGCAUGCAUGUAAUAAUUCAAGAUCCCAAAGCAAAUAUGUUGAAGUAAAUUGUUGUACUUGUUGGGUUCCUUCAACUCUGAUGCACUUUACAGAUGAAAGAGAGAUUUAAUGCUGGCAGAAACUGUGCUUGUGGUAAUAUGCUGUAAUUGUGUGUUUUGUUUAUAUGAAAUGUUAAAUUAACAGAAUCAAAAACAGCUGCCAUUUGUAAUGUUUGUAUUUGUAAAUAAUGAGAAUUUGAAAUAAAUGAUGAAUUUACUGUUA